AUGGAAGAUCCUAACAGACCCGUCACGGGCUAUCCCGUCAAUCCCAAUGGUUACUCCGCUAAUCCGCCGCCCGCCGGAACCGCCUACCCCUACGCCGCUCCUGCUCCCAAUUCCUACACCAGUUACCAAAACUACCCAUACCUCCAAACAAGUUACCAAUCUGAUCCUGACUUGGUCCGACGCGCCACCUGUCUCCGCCGCAUCUUUGCGUUCAUUAUAGGACUUGUUGUCGUCUUCGGUACAAUCACCUUCAUUGUCUGGAUUGUCCUCCGCCCCCAGCUUCCUGAGUUUCGGGUUGAUUCAUUUUCGUUCUCCAAUUUUACUAUUACUAACGGUUCUCUUGUUUCAUUUACCUCGGAAGCCCGGCUUACUGCCCGGAACCCGAACAAGAAAAUGACAGUUGAUUACGAUGAUAUCGGAGCCGUGAUUUUUUACAAAUCACAGACCCUCUCGGAUACUACUGUUCCACCCUUUUUCCAGGAUACCAAAAACGAGACGUCGUUGAAGGCCAAUUUCGCUGCCGCUGGGAGUUUUGUGGAUAAGUGGGCAGUGGAUGAGAUAAAUAAUGAGAGGGAUGAGAAUGCGAAUGUGGAGUUCAACUUGAGGAUGCUUUCAAGGGUUAGGCUCGAGGCAAAGGCAUGGACGACGAGAAACAGGUUGCUGAAGGUGUUUUGCGGGGAUUUGGUUGUUGGAUUUCCGAGUAAUGGAAGAUCGGGAACAUUAACCAGUGGGCCAAAGCAGUGUCGUGUUGGGAUUUGA